UUUCUUUUAUUAUUUCCCUCUCACACUUGGACGAUCCCAGGUCUACAUGUCGUUUUUAUAACUAUAACAAAACGAAUAUGUUCGUGGAAAAGCCUAAAGAAGAAGUAUAUGAUGUCAUAAUUAACGAGGUGACUAUUUCUCCGUGACUUUUAGGGGAAUGAAAUACGGAAAAUGUUAGUUUCUUCGAACAAGUACUAGAUUCAAGAUGGCCGCCUUUUAUUUUUGCAGCGUGUUUUAGUUCUCGUGUCGAUGGAUGUGGACUCGCUAUGUGCAUGCAAGAUUCUACAGGUAAGAAACAUUAAAGAUUGAGCUGUUCACCUAAAAACUCUAAACCGCGGCUUGUUUUGAAACGGUCGCUGAAGUCUGGCGUUCGGUGCCAAGAGAUACCUAGACUCGAUUACUUCAAUCGCGGAGCAUGAACUCGAAUUGGUACUAUCAUAGCUUUGUGUCGUCAGGAGAGAAUCACUUGUCAGCUGAAAUGAAAGGCAUGAUAUGAGCAAAUCUCUUCGACUUUUUUAGUAGUUGUUUCUCUGUUAAUUGCUUAAUUUUGAUCAGUGCUAACUGCAGCAAUUUAGGAAGGGUAAAUUUUGAAACUUGUACAGUUCAAAGCACUAAGUGAUUUCUGAUAAACUGCUUGAUUCUUCUUGCAAUUUGCCUUAUAUUUGUUGGUAAUUCAAUGGGAGAAUUUCAAAUUAGAUCAGGUCACCUGGAUCCUUAUUUCAUACACCACUUCUUAUUUACAAGUAAGGUAAUUUUUAAAAUAAAUUUAAAUGAAUAAAUAAAUAUUUACUCAAGCCCAGAAUGAAAAGAUUUUCGCAUAGCCACAUACAGUCCAACCUUCAGCAAGCGACCACCCAAAAUGUGGUUGCUUACGGGAGGUGGUCGCUUAUGAGCAAAGAACCACAGAAGGUCUCUUGCUAUAGAAUGUCUAGACACAUACACUUUAUGUAAGAUACUUUAUUGCCUGCAAUUUCUAAAGUUAUGUUACAAUGUAUGUGCAGUUCCAUGUUGUUACCAAAAUUCUUCAUGUACCCUUAGUAGCAGAGUACAUCAGAGAUCAGACCAAAAGUGGUUGCUUACAAUAAAAAAACAAUAAAAAGUUAUUAAAUUGUCAGCCCCCGAAAGCAGUCUCGGUCACUCACAGGAGGUGGUCAUUUAUGAGAGUUUCCAACUUUAAAACCUUUACAGGAAAAGUUUUGGUGUUUUGGAUAGGCGUUUGCUAAUGAGAGGUUGUCGAACAUGGGGGUUUGACUGUAAUGAAUAAAUAAUGAUUGUUGAGCCUAAGAAUUUUAGCGGGGAGAUAGUGUGGUGGUGUCUUUGAACUGACAGCUUUGCUACCCUUAAGACCUUUAAUAAUGACUUUUGCCCCAGGAUGUAAAUGGUUACUAUUGUUUUGGCAACUUCUUCCUUCUAUUUACAUGUAUGAGAAAUGCAUGGCAAGACGUCGGUCCAUGUCAGGUUUUGUUGACACCCCUGCGGGUGGCACUCGAAGGAAACUUGGGUAGAGAUGUGCUGCCAAGGUCUUCAAACCCUAACCCUGCUCCUUGAUUCAAAUAGUUUGUUUGCAACUAACACCAUGGAAUUCGAUUGAUUGGGAAAACAUUUUUUGUAUCACACAAGUAGAUCCCUCAUUGCCAACCUUCACAUUCUUUAAAAGGCAUCCAAAGACACCAAAUAGUGAGAUUGUAUACCUUGUUUAAGUCCCAGGACCCUGUAAACCAUUCCCUGUUCAGUGGCACUUACCUGUCUACAGGGUACGCAUAAUAUAUAGGCUCCAGCUGUCUAGGCCAAAUAAGAGAUUGCCAAGGGUUGACACCACAAGUGUGUUGCUCAAUGCAGAAAAACACUUUUUGCCAACUAAUGGCCUUUAAGAGGUAGUAUUCCUAACUGACUCACAUCAAACACCUGUAGCAAUGCUGGUAAUCUAUUUACUGGAUGAUGGGGUUUGUUUGUUGUUUUUUAGUGGCUGUUUAAAUGUGACAAUGUACAGUAUACUAUUGUUCCUGUCAGUGGCAAGGAGGAUUUAGUAAGAGCUUACCAUGAACACUCUGAACAGGUUUGUUAAUGCAAAUUAUUAUGAUCUUCUUGCCUGCAGAAAAGUUGCACAUUUGCUUAAAAUUUAGAAGAUGUCAUUAAAUUGAAACUGCUUUUAAUGUAUCAGUCAAUAGGACAAAAAAUAUUCAUCUUUAGGAUGGCUAAGGUGCUAUAUAAAAUUAGUUACAACUACAAAUGGUUUAAAUUAUUUGAAAUUUUUGGACUCCAAGGAAACCAACAGCUUGCCUAAUAUAUAUUUUCUGGUCUUAUUGAAAACCCUUGGUCCAAGUUUUUACGUAAUUUAAUUAUACUAAUUAUAUAAAUAAUCAUGGUGAUUAAUCAAGGGUUUAUACUAGACACUUCAAAUGCUUGCCAUCACAUGUAAUAUCCGUUGGACAAUAAUACCCCUAACUUCUUGGUGUAAGGUACCCUGGCCCUUGGAUACUUGUUAAAGAAAUCAAUAAUAUUUUUAAAUCUCAUGCGAGGAGCAAAAACAUGUGUAAAAGCAGUGUGUUAUAUUUAUGACAUUUUUUUGUUUAGCUGAAGCACAUUUUUCUUGUGAACUGUGGUGGAAAUUUGAACAUCCUUGAGAUACUAGAGCCAGAGGAAGAUGUCAUAUUUUAUAUUGCUGACAGGUACUUGAAAAAGGGUCUUUUCCCCAUGGGGGUACUCUGGAUUUCAAGUGAAGGGAAUGAUCAAUAGAAUUUUCUGGGUUUGAAAUUUUUAGAUUGUGGGGUUUUGUUUUGGGUAGGAAAAUUUGGCAAGUAUGUUUUUGGGUGGCUUGAUUUAAGUAGGGAUUUUUCGAGUAUUCAAAACAAUCUAAGAUUUGUGGUAGUGUCCGCGUUUCUUGGCUGCAUACAUGUAGUUCUGCGAAUAAAGUACAACUGAACUUGUUUUGCUUUCUGGAAACGUUUAAGAUCAAAAAUGCAGUAUGGGUUUUUUGUGGUUAAUUUUUGGUCCAGGGAUUUUGGGAGUUUUGUUGCAAUUAAGGCACCUUAGUGAUUUUUUUCAGGUUUUGAUAUUUGCCCCCAUCCAAUAUUAUUCCUGUUGUUUGAAAUCCAUAUCCCUAUCCUUUUGUCAUUCACUGACUUACAUUGCUUGGUCUGAUCCACGUAUUGUUCAUGCCUCCUGGCAUUUGAACUUGAGAAAACUGAGUUGUUCAGAUAUUUUGUGAUUAAAAUAAAUUAAAUACCAUGUUUUUUCAAUUUAUGAAUGUUCUGGUACACUACAGAGUAUACUAUUACAAACGUUGAAGGGGCUAGAUGCAACUCGAUUUAGCUCUACACAACAAAAGAAACCAAAAAAAAGGGAGAAAAGGUAGAUAAUAACAUACACUACAUAGACAGAAAAAAAGAAACUUAACCUAUUUUUUGUUAGAAGCUGGUAUUGUUUUCCAUUUCAAUAAAGUCAUGUUGCCUAAAAAAUAAUUUAUACUCCAAGUUAUAAUCAGAAUGGGUGAUCAGAUUUCCCUCUACAACUGGGACAAAGGAUGGUGAGAAAUUUGAUAAAGUUUGAAAAGGAACACAUUAUAAUCAUUAAUGUCCUUGAAAUGUAGCCCACGGCAAUUGGCAUUCCUCUCUACAUGAUAUUAUAAAGUUUUCCCUAAAUUUUCUCGAUAUCUUCCAUCUCCACCAUGAUUUAUUUUAAAAAAAACUCUGCCUCAACAUGAAAUUGAUGCAAUUUUGAUUUGAUAUUAUAUACAGUGGAAUCCUGAUUUUUUUAACAAUCUUGGGAAAGGCAAAUUGGUUUGACUGUUAACUGGAAGUUUGGUUUGAUUGAAAUUAUUUAUCAGGCCCCGGUUGUUCAAACGUUAGAUUGCGCUAUCUACCGGAUAAAUCACUAUCCAGCGGAUAAGUGUUACGGAAAUCAAUUACGCUAUCUACUGGAUAGUGAUUUAUCUGGUGGAUAGUACUAUCCGCCGUUUGAACAACCGGGGCCAGGAAUUAAAAAAAAAUAAUGUUUUGAGAAAUCAAGAUUCUUUUGUACAAACACCUCCUGCCCCCUAGUAUCAGCCUAGGCACUGUUAUCAUAUCCCAGUUACAUCUAUGAGUCAAAUUUCAGGGGUUGCAUGGUUUGUGAGAAAUUUUGGAUUUGAUUGAUACAUAAACAAAAGCAUUUACCAUUUUGUUUUAUGUAUUAAUAGUCACAGACCACUGGAUCUUGACAAUAUUUACAACCAGGAUCAAGUCAAGCUGUUAAUGAAGGAAGGGGAGCACCUUACAAUUCCAGACUUUGAUGAUAUCUAUGUAGAUUCAGAGGUAACAUUUUUUUUCUUAAGUUUAGGACCAAAAUAAUAUUGUCUUGAAUGAGGCUUACAGUAGUCCAACUAAUUUAAUCAACCUACAGGUAAGGGGUAUGGGUGGGAGGGUUAAUUAGAUAAAAUAAAUUACAUGUAAUUUUUAUCUAAAGCGAUGUCAUUUUAUUGUGGGUGAUACUAAGGGAUCUCUUCAUUUUUGUUAUUUUAAAGGUUUUAAAGCUUAACCACUUUGUAUUAUUGAGAUUUACAUGAAAGUAAGUUAAGUGAGAGAUCUCAGAAGAAAUUUAAGAGUGAGGUGUUGGUAGGUUGGCAAUUUAUACAGUAAUACAGUAAAUGACAACUUACAGAAUUUUUGCAUAAACAAUUAACCUAUGUUAAUCUGAAAAUCAUUAUCUCUUCAUGCAUGCACUAAGUACAAGGAAGAAACUCUACACUUUACUUACCCUCAAGUGGAAAUGGUGUCUGACAGUGGGCUGAAUGGAUUAAUAUGUACACAGUUACAUAUUUCAUACCAGUACCCAGGCAGAAGUGCUCAGGCACCAACUACUGUCAUGCGGUGCUGUGCCAUUGCCACAAGUGUGAACAUAACCUUACAGUUUCACACUUUCUCGGAUAAUUUUCUCUAUUCUUUUUAGAGUAUCCAAUUAUCAAAUUGUAGGCAAGGAGAAUUAAACUGAAUUUGCUUUUUAAUCUCUCACAUCUGGUGUUCAAAUUUCGCACUAACCCAGGGUUAUCUUAACCCAGCUUCGAACAACCCGGCCCAGAUUGUUAUUUAAGUUAUUUUAUACAUGUCAUCAUUUUGUUACAUUUGUUGGUAGGAUGAGUUUGAAGACUCUGAUGGAGAAGGAUCGGAGCCUUCUUCAAAAAGAAGAAGAACCACUGAUGAGGUAUAAUUAUAUAUUCAAGAGUGGGUGUAAUCAACAAUUGUAAUAAUUGUAAUUGUAAUUUCUCACACGUUUGCCUACUCGUCAAGAUGGCGUCGAAAACCGUGACAAGGUCUAUUACAAAAGGUUAUCAUCAAGGUUUGUUAUGAUCAAGUUCUCAAGUGUUUCACCUUAGAAAUUCUACUGCACUUUAUUUUUUGCAACCGGCUUCUUGUUGUCUGGAUAUGAAAUGAAAACCUUCCCAGGUGUACAGAUAUAAGGUGAAACACUCCUUUGCAUGUUUGUUUUAACUACAGACAUUUCCUUGUGGAUACCUCUAAAACAUGGACAGGUCUUUUGGUCUUAAAGACAGAAAACAUCAUACAAUCCCCACCUUUAUAAUAAGGACACCUCUGUGAUGCUCUAUACACAUGGAUUUGUCCUUUUCGGAGAUGUCUUUUAGUUAAUAAAAGGUUUGCUCUAUCUCCUAGGAUUCCCCUCUUUCCAAACGCAAGUCAAAAAGACAGUGGCACCAGGACAGGUGAGAAAAGGUUCUUAAAAUAUUUUCAUCACAUUUGAGAUUGCACAUCACUUGAAUUUUGUGAUUCUGCUUUUUUAUUGAUUCAUUUUAACAGGCAGGAGAUUCUGUACCAGUAUUAUGCGUAUGCCUUCCAUGGAAGUGCAGUAAGUAUUUUCUGACAAAGUGUGGUUGCUAGUGGCCAUCUUACGGCUGCGCGGGAGGGCGCGGGAGAAGGCGCCUGGAGCUGAAAUUGUUUCUGGGAUCGUUACUGGGGACACACCGGUCAGUUAUUGGCCAAUUUUUUCCCUGCCCUUAGAAAGAGAAGUCCCAGAAGUCUUUGCGAAAGUUAAUUCGGUCCAGUUCCCUUCUCGUUUCUUAAGUGGCACAUUGCACUAUGGGACUGUUUUGGGAGGAAUUCAGACCCAGUUUCCCGUGACUCUUCGUAACAGCCAAUAAAAGAAGUUUAUAGAGCUUCUUCAAAACAGUCCCUAGAGCAACUGUACAGAGCGCCGACACAGGUCAAGUCAAAUUGGCCAAUGUGAACGCUAGGAUCGGUGAAAAAAGGUUCAGGUGUCGAUAUCGACGACUGAUUGCAGCGAUUAAACAGGAGGAACUCAUUAUUUAAAACUAUCAUAGAGAUCGUCUUGUAUUGAUAUGGUCACUACGUACAAUUGCCCGUAAUGUUUUCAGCGUUUGUAGCGAUCAUAUAUGGAAACCAUAACACCAAACAAUGGUGAUCAUGGAACACUCAUUAUUCUCCGUAUUUUGUAGUGUUUGUUCUUUCCGCUCUUGACAAAAAUGCGCUUAAGCGAAGGGAAGAAUAUCACCACAAUAACAUUUAUUAUUUUCUUUAAUUCUACAUCAUUGCGUUUUGUUUGUUUGUUGUAAUACGCUGUCGUUUUUUCCGUUUCAGGCUUCCCUGAUCAUGUAUGAGUUAGCCUGGAAAAUGAGUAAAGACAGCAAUGACUUGCUAUGGUGGGCGGCAAUUGGCUUAACUCAUCAGUAUCUCUAUGAAAAAAUUGACAGGUAUGUGGGAAGAUAUGAUUUUAAGGUUCACUCACACUAACCCGGAUGAAUAUGAAAACGUGUCAUUUUGUCGACCAUCUGGUCUUCCAUCCUAAAACCGCGCUCUUCGAUCACCAAAAGUGAAGCUUUUUGAAAAUUGUUUCCAUAUAUAAAGCUUAAUUUCUAAUUUGAAAACGCUGCUGUGUUGUUUGUGUGACGUGUUUUCUUGCAGCCCGGUUAAUAUGGAUACUCGGAUAAUAUGGACACUAUGGCAUGUACCCUUGAUGUCCGUAUUGACCGCGUGCCAGUGUAUUGGUUAAUGCAUGGAACAAGACACCGAUAUUCGUACACCCGUUAUAACCAGGGUUCGCACGCACCUUGAAAGUCGUUGAAAGUCGAAAUUAAACGUUCAAGGCCUUGAAAGUCCUUGAAAAUUGCAGUCGGUGCUGGAAAGUCCUUGAAUUUCGGUGGUAACUUUAUCCAACCCAGAUUCUCAAGUACCUAAUAUGAAAGACCUUCAGGAUAAAAUUGCUCAUGUUGUGGUAGAACUAAAAAAGACAUAGACUCAAAUCUCUUUUUUGCACUGAAUGGAGUCCUUGAAAAUUGCGAAAUGUGUCCUUGAAAGUCUUUGAAAAGCCCUUGAAGUUUUUGUUCAAAAAAGGGUACGAACCCUGUAUAACGAAGAUAUUUCCCCAGUUCCUUGACACUUUGCCGCUCUAUCAGGCUUUUUUUUUAGUGUUUCAUUCCGAUUCACGGCCGGCAGUCGAAAGGGUUGUUGCUGUAGUGUAAAAAAAAAAAAAUUUUCUUGUGUAUUUUAGUGACAAGUAUGUGUCAGAUGCACAAAAUCUUCAUGAACAUGUGAUGAGACACAAUCAUGGGACAGACGAAAAUGGAAGCUCCAUCAACUGCCUGAAGAUUGUAUUUGAUACAGAGUAUCCUUUCUAACUGAAGAUGUUUCUCUUUGAGAUAGUCAAAACUGUUUCGGCAUCUGUAGUUCUCUGGAAGUAACGUUUGCUACUCUUUGGAAAUCUCUCGGAGUGUUUCGAUUUAAAGGUAGAGACCGCACACAAAAAAGAGCUGAUAUUUCAAAGUUUAAUUUUACUUUUAAAAUGACUGAAUUUACGUGUAAAAAAUUCCAAAUCUCGAAAUUUAUGUGACAUAGCAAUCACGGCUGGAAUGUUCAUAAUCUAUAAAUUAGGUUAAAAUAGGGCGUGGCCUUAUGAAACACACGUUCAAGAUUGAAUAACGUGGAAAUACCUUGUGCCUCAAUGUCUAAGGCAAGAGUGUGAACAAGAGAGGGGAAAGUGUGGAUUCAGGUGCUGCCGGUCUUCAUGUUGUUUUAUAGCGAACUAGCCUUAAAAAAUUGGUUUCAGCCGGUUUUUGGUUUCUGCGUAGCAGACGUUGAAAGGAGUAGGGAAUUGGGAGAAAGGGAAAAAGGAGGGGGAUUCCCUUCCCUUUGUCCUUUCGCGCUUUUCUUCCUCUCAUCCUCUGCUUUUUGCGCCUGCCACACAGGCUAAAUUGGUUUGUAGUGUUGUCCAUGGACAACAACAACAGCAACUUUAUUCUUUGUACAAAGUUGGAUAGUUUGUCCCGCAAAUACGGCUGGAAAGCUAGUCGUGCCGGGGCAACACAAGUACAUGAAUAACACAAUUUAUUAAAAACAAAAACCUUAAACUAUUAGAAAGCCUUGCAGAUUGCAACUUAAGAUAAAUAAAACACAGAAGAUAAGUGAUCAAAUUAACACAGCACUUACUGACGUACAAUGCAUUAAGACAAGUACUCUCUGACUCUUAAAUGAUAACACAGAAAAAGAAAAGCUACCUGGAUCGUCAGGGAACACUGCUUACGGACUAACAAUGUUAUUUGGAAGGGUAUUGAAUCAGAAGUUUUAAUAAUAAGCUUAAAACGUUGUGUCCUUGAUAUAGCAAUCCAGACUACGCCUGUCACUGUACAGACAUUGGUCACUUUUUGACAGCAUCUGUCACUCACGCUACACUGCCUGCAGGUUUGUGUUUUGUAGGCUGUGCCAGGAUCUUAGAUGGUGGGAACGUCGCGAAAAUAAGACGCGCGCGAUCUGGGGAAGGGGGCGGUGGCACUGGCGGGAAAAAAUAGCACCACCGCCCACUCUCUCUCCCCAGCCCCCGCGCGUUUUUUGCAUUACUUUCUACUGCACGACAGCACUGCUAUCUUGGAGCCUGGACCAGGCUGACAUUUCUGUUAAUUUUGAAUUCUAGCUGUUGGGAAGAAAAAUUUUAUCAGUCCCAGUGCUUCCUUCUUCGUUUUUUAUGGGUUUUUGUGUGAGAGAUUAAAAAAACCAACACUUCCAAAUUCCAAUUCGAUCUGGAACACACGGACACGUUUAAACGAGUUCACAAGAACUCCUAAGUGCUUCGUGGGUAAACAAAUUACAAUACAAUUUACAAUUUACAGAGAUAUAAAAAGUUAGUUGUAAAUAAGCGGCUGGUAUGCUUUAGGCUCGAUUUCCACCGCUCUCUCCAGUCCUGUCUGGAGGAGGGCGGUCUCGCUUUCCCCAACAGCUGUUGGUAGUCAAGACAUAGUAUACUUAUAAUUUUGUCUACGAUUAAAGGCGACCGCUUAGAACAACCAUUGAAUGGCAACACAUCUUUUCUUAGGUUCAGAGUUUGGACAAUCAAGGGAAAGAAGAAACUUCAUGAAUUUCUUGCAGACAUGGGGUAAAAUUUAUUUUGUGACUUCUUCUCCUGCUUUGUUCACCAGUUAAAAUGGUGGAAUAUUGCAGUCACUAACUCGAAGAAAUUCUUAAAGUGAAUGAAAUUUCAUAUAUUUGAACUGUGAGAGAAAAAUUUAACUCACAAAAGAUCAUCGCAAGGAUCAUCAUAUUUAAUUUCAUAUCUCCAUCUUCUACAGGCUUAUCAGGUGAUCAGCUCUCAGUUUUGGAUUGAUAGGUCAGGGACAAGGACACUGUACCGGUAUCCUCCAGCAGUUAUUGGUUCAAAUCCCCUUUAAGGCGAUUUUUUUCCUCGGUUUUUUUGCAACUGCUCAAUUUACUUUCAUAACUGUUAUGAUCUUUCACCUGAAAAGAAAUUGCUAAGUUAGUAUUAGUGGACCUUGCAUACUCUUUUCAGAUGAAUACAUAAUUCACGAUCAUAGUCUUACUUCAGGGGCUUGUAUCACCCCGCCAUGAAAACUGCAAUAAGGUUAACCCUGAUUUCUGAUUAUUUGAGGAGGCUGAUUUAGUUUUUUUCUGAACUUACUUUUCCUCCAGAAUCCCCCUGGUUCAGAGCCGACAAAAGUUUUAUAGCAUGGAUUUUGACUUGAGGAACAACUUGAAGGGUUGGGUUGAAACAUCAGCAGACAAGUUUGGGUAGGCACACUGAACUGUUAUUUAAACGAAUACCACAUUAAAACACAUUAACUCGAUUCAACGCUUCAUCUCUAGAGUCAACGCCGCACCCAACCAGAAGAAUACGGGGUUGAUAAUUAUUGGAGGGUUAAAGGAAAAACUUUGUACAACUUUGCACUAUCUACUUUUCACAUCUUCCUGUUUUACAUACCGCGGUAUUAUUCGCAAAUGAUUUAUCCAUAUUUUAUUAGUUAAGAAAUGUGAUUUUUAAAUAAACGUCGCCCUUGAAUGAACGCCGCAUCGGAAACGCUAAAAAUUAAAUAAACGCCGUAGCGUUUAAUCUAAUAAAGAUGGUAUGGGUUUUUGGAUUUUACUUUACAAAAAAGCAGCAGAACCGGUAUUAAUUAAUAAAAUCCUGAGUCGGAAAAUGGCUGGAUUUGAAAUAGCAAAACUAAGAAUUCAUUUGAUGCUUAUCUUUUUGUAAUGCUUUUUAAGGUUGGACGAAAUGUCUUACGGAUCAUUCCAUGUUCAAUACGGAUUCAAAAACAAGGUAACAGGAUGAAAUAUUUUAUGUGAAUCUACGUAGCUCUUUACCCUGCUAGCACAGUCGUUUCGAUCUUUCCAUUAUCUAGGAAAGAUGGAAGCGACUCUGCUAGCAGGGUAGUAGCUCUUAUGCUGACAUGUUAGUCCUUUAAUGUAUCUUUUUAAUGUUGCUUGACUUUGUCAUCUUUUCUCUUCAGCUGUGUGCAAGCGAUGUUGUUUACGCCGUGAAUUCUCUUUUGGAGGCUCCGGUAUGAUUUAAAUCAAUGCAGCUAUGACUGUUUUCAUUUCUUGUUUGCUAUUUAACGCAUUUCAACACCACCAGGCAAAAGCAAAUCAGGAGUUACAAUUAAAGAAAAUGCUACUUUUUUUUAUUGGCACAGACUGAGGGAAUGACAAAAUGGGACAAUUUCUUGGAGGCACUAGAUGCUCUAUCAAGGUAAGCCGGGAAAGCUCAGUCCUGAUACUCGGAUAUCAUUACAGCUAAUAAUAAUGCGGAGUGUUAAGAUGCCCGAUUUUUCUGCGCUUCUGGAGUGGUGGCGGCUUUUUCGUUGGUUUCUCAAAACAUAAUUUAACACACGGAGAAGAAAAGAAGCCUAUAAUAUAAUUUUGAAAAUAUCGUUGAGCAUGUAGCAGUAGACUGCCGGUUUGCACUUUAAACCCGUCGCCUUAAAAAAGUUAAAGUUACUAAUCCCAGCGAGUCUCCUGGCGAGCACUAUCGUAAAACAACAAACAAAAUAUUACUCCCUCGUUUCUCUUGGCUUGCGUAUACUAAAACGUUUCCCAGUGGUACUCUUGUAACUUUAGAAGGAAAAUAAGAGGCUGUUGACAAUCUUAAGUUGGGAAAUUUCUCUUAUUGCAGUCAAUUUCAUCUGUUGACUGAAAAUGUUGUGUGGUCUUUAAUUGGGAAUUCAGUUUAAAGUCCACGAUCAACAUGCCGUCUGUUCUUCAAGCGUACCAACCAGGUGAUCUUCAAAAGUAUCCCUAUUUUCCAAAGUUGCCAGCACUAGUACAAUACUUUAAGGUUGAACUUCUUGCAAGUUGCAAAAAGUUAAUUCAACUUUCAUUGGUUGCUGUGCAUGUAAUGUCAAAAUACAGAGCUGCGGCAAAAACCGCAUCUACAGUAUCUCUGCUGGGUGGAAAUAUUAUGCCAAGCAUAGCGCUGCAACACUUGGAUUAUGGCGAAAAGCAUGGAAGGUUUCCUGAGGUCGGUUAUGUGCUGUCGCAAAAUUCAACCCAACAGUAUUUAGUUCGCUCUGUGCUAUCGUUCUGUGCUUACGUUUCCAUUAUUUAUGCUCAGGUCCAACAGUGAAAAGCUUCAAGAUGGUAUUGAAAUGGCAAAAAAGCAGGCAAGUCUCAACUUUAGUGCAGUAUUUCCUAAAUUUUCCUUACUUAACGCGUAAAAAAAUUCGAAAUAAAUUUGUCCUUGAUUCCCGCUCUCGUAAAGCUCCAUUGGAAAAAUCUAUCACGAGACACGCCCUCACAUAAAGAAGAAGGACGCGGUUCCCGUAAAUACAUAUCGCUUAUACUAAAUUUCCCCUUGCAUCUUAACUAAAGGAAUGAGAGCGACCUACUAAGCCCGUGAAAAGACAUUCUCUUUUGGGCUGUGCUAGCCUAUCCUCAAAGCGAGUUACUCUGACAAAAGAGUGAUUCAUUUGUAAGGUGCUUGCGCUCAAAACGUUAACUUUUGAAUCCUUACGAAGCGCAACUUAUCUGUCUCACUAGAGAGAGUUUAUUUCUUCUUUCAUGCACUAGCCCACCGAAGCAACUCAGCAAUUUCUAACUUCUUAAUCUUCUUUCAGUUGAUUGCUGUUGUAAAUCAAGUACGAUCAUUAAUUGAUAUGCACCAAGUGAUGUGCGCUGGACACUUUCUUUACUCACAUCUCAGAGAGGUACUACUUAGUAGCACAUAAAACGAUAUCGGUCACUGUUAACUCAUAAUAACGGGUUUAUAUUGAGGGCAUCGGUGGAAUAGAGAUUAGAGUAGCAGCAUCGUUGUGUUAUAAAAAUAACUUACAAGACUGAGAGUAGAGGUGGGUAAGGAGGAGAUUGAGUAGAGCCAUGAUGGCUGGCAGGCGAUCCCCUCUUACUGCGGACAAUUGUAAAAAGAGCGUUUGUUGUUUGUUACUGUCCAUCGCUGCCGUUAGGGACGGAGUAACGCAAUGCUCCACGCGUAGGGGCGGGGAGCAUUGCGUGGCUCCUGGCCUAGCGGCUGCAUGCGAUGGAGACCAGUUCUUUGCAUAAUUGUCUUGAGUGGUUCCAAAAUUAAAACGACCUCUCCUAACCUCCGUUCUUCAAGGUGAACCCAUUUAGAAAGCGGAAGUGGAAUAACGAUCAGAAAAAUUAGUCUGGGGAGAUUCAUACCAGAAACGCAGAACUGAACUGGGCCUAGCUUUAUGCUAUUAACGGCUUGGAAACUAAAAUUUGAUAGCAUUUUGUUUUGAAUAAGGGUAUGGGCAUGAUUUUCAGUUGAACAUGCCUACCGAGCGUAAAAAUCGCAUCCAGCCUGAGGAUUAAUGAGAGAGGGAAAAUUUUGUCUAUUUAGGCAUGACAAAAUUCAAGGGAACAUUGGUACUUAGAAAUAACAUCUCAUAGGCAUGGAAAAAAUGGGUUCAUGCCCUCGCAGCCCAAAAUUGACCCAGCUAAACUUAGGUCCCAGAUCUCUCGCCGGGUUAAUAAUUCAUUCCCAGUUUUAGCUCCUCUGGUUUGGCAUGCCGGGCAUGCCGAUGGUGAAGCCAGUUGGUUUGGCAUGCCCGGCAUGCCAGGCAAGAAAUUGGCAUGCCCAGCGAGACUGAUUUUGAUGUUCGCUUCAGCAUCAUAUCCUGAGAAUCACAUAUAAUCGCCAAAUAUAUCUUAGGGAGCUUGAAGUUACAGGUUUCAUGCCUGGCAAUAAAUGCAGAUUAUAACAAAAAAAGUCAUGUUUGUCACAAUGUGUGUCACGGGAUCGACUGGCAAAACUGAAGACAGAAGCCUGGAUUUAUAAAUAAAAAGCACAACAAAACAACAUUAUUCAUACAUAAAAUAGAAUACUUAACUUGCAAUCAAAGAUUAAUCCUUUUAUUUCAAACCGAUACUGACAUUUCUGGGUCCACAUUUAAAUUUGAUCGCGGAAAAGCGUCUUAAACAAUAAGAUAACAAAUCUUCUCAGUAUAAACUUAUCCAUGCUUAAGUUUUAUCGUGUCGGAAUGUUUCCCGGUCAACAGCAUUAAAAGACUGGUGAAAAUGAAGCUUACCAGGUCGUUCAAGUCAGUACGAGAGUACGACGUUAAUACUGCAAAGACGUUCUGAUUUGGUGAAUUUGGACUGCCUUCUCAGAGAGAUUUUGCUUAGUUUUUCAGUGCGCUCCUUGUCGGCUAUGCGAAUCUCGCAAACUGUUUUACUCCUUGCUGACGAUAGUCCUUUGAGCAACGUCAUCUGCGUCAUCCGAAGAUACCCCGAGCACGCACGAAAUCGGCCGAAUUUCCGCAGAAGUGUUUUCGCGGAUGACGAGGAAUCUAGUUUGUUGUAGCGUGGCAGUUGUGGCGUCACGAUGUCGUCAUGUCUCUUCGCACUUGUUUGUCUUUUUUUUCUGCGGUGCAUGGUUGAGAUGUUGGUGAAUGCUGGACAAGAAAUGGAUUCUGCGAGAGACUGUAAGUACAAAUUUAGUAUUAAUUUGGUAAAGAAAAAGCCUGAAUAUCGAACAAAUCCCGUGAAUUAUCCUUUUGGCAUUCAGUUUAUCUUGCUGUUGAGCAUGCCUAAGAACUCCGGCAUAAGUGGUUGUCAACUUGUUCACUUCGGAUUGUUUCUGUUUGUAUGUCUUGUAAUCUUCUUCUGCUGCUAAGAAGACUAGAGAAAACUUCAAAAAUAAGAAACCAAAGCUAAAAAAAGUCAGUUCUAAUUUUAUAGCUCGAGUAUAAUUAUUUUUGGCACCUACGGUCAUAUUUUUCCACUGUACUGGUAAAGUUACUUAUUUUUGCUGCAUAGUUUGACUGUUGUUUGAAAGACAAUCAAACGGAUAUUACAAUCACUUUUGGAGACAAAAUAAAAUAUCCGUAAAUCAAAUGCCAAAAUCAGAUUUGGAUUUCGCUUUAAAAAAAUGAACAUGCUGCGCGUGUCAAUGCAAAGUUGUAAACAACUCAAUAUAAGCAGUCUGUGAAUGUGCGUUUAGGUCCACAAAACUAAUUUUUCUUUUGGACAUCUCAUCCAAGCAAAGACUUAAGGCUUACAUUGCUUGUCUACGAGUGUACUACAAAAUGCUUUGCUACAGUAAGCCUCUGAGAGGCGAUUCUGGUAAAUUUAUAGGACGCUAAAAUGCAAAUAAUUCUAAGCUUAAACAACCUGGCUGGGUCCGACUUUUGAAUUACAAAAUGUUCAGGUUUGCCGGCUCUACUUUAAAUGAACAUGGUUUUUGAAAUGAUUUUGUAAUAUUUUAACCCGAAAAUUAUGAUUGGGUUAUAAAGCUUUUAAAACGGACGAAAACUAAGCUAAUAAACAUGUUCAAUGUAAAAAACUAAGAUUUAGUCGCUUUUUCAACUUUGCUUUGUGGGCCGAAAAAUUUACCUUUACGCAAAAACAAAAGCAAAUAAUGAGGCUUUUAUUGGACAUAUUUUCUGAGAAUUUUAUCUGAUCAAUUUAAUGUCACUAGCAUUGUUUUCGUAUAGGAAUUUUCCUAAUUAAAUGAGCUUUUAAUUUAAUAAUUUUGAUACUCUAUAAACUUCUCAUUUGAUAGCCUCACUUUUUUAUACACCGAUUGAGAAACAAAUUCGCUCUCGUUAAAUCCUAUUUUAUGACCUAUUUAUUAGAACUCUAGGUAACAUACGAAAUGAUGUAACCGGACAGGCUUUAACCUUUGGUCCUAAUUUAUUUUUUCUUCGCAACCCCUAAUCAGUUGACGGGCCGUGAAAGAAUAUCGCCACAAAAAGAUGCGAAAAAGUUUUCGCUGAGUUUCCUUUACAUAUUCCGGCUUUAUAUGGGUCUACACCCCAAUUGCCUGCUUAAAAAUGAAACUGUUGUUCAAUUAAGUGUCAGUCAAACUCGGUAUAAUCUUGACUUGCAAAUCCAAAUGCAAAGGUUUAUUUCGCAGUAGAAAAGCGUGUAAACAUCAUCGAACAGCGCAAUGUAAAUUGGCUAAUGUGAAACCACGUUUCUUUCACUUUAUUUACCAUGUAUUUAUCUCAAUUGCACACUCUUGUGAAAUUAGCCUCAGACAAUUAGUUGCGACCUUUAACAGACUCAACAAGCCAGUAUGAAAAUAUGUUAAGAGAAGCUGAGCUCUACAUGUUCUAUUUCUUUUUUUCAUAUUGCCCUUGCAUGUGUUAAGAUUCCAUUUCUUUUUUGUUACAGGUAACUUCCAGACAUGACGAGGAGAUAAUUACUUUUCUAGAGAGCAAUCCUUUGAUACCGUCAGUUAUUACUGACUUACUUUGAGUUAAAAACGAAGAACACAGACACUGGUAAUGACAAAAAAACAUUAAUCCCUGGCAAGCCUACAAAACAAGAAAGAGGAACUCAGACUCCUUAUCAAAAUGUGAAACAAGAUAAAAAGAGCUUUUCUAACGUAGGGAAAAUUGCGUUCGAGAGAUUUGUAAUUGCAACGUUAUAUUCAAGCACAUUGCAUUGUCAAACAUCAUAAUUUACUGAAUAAUGAACAGUGAUUUUGGGGCUUAGCUCAGUUUGUAAUGAACUUUGAAAGAUAUUCUAUAACCUUGUAUUUUUAAAAGCUUUCAUGGAACAUAGAUGCAUUUUAUUAUACAAUGAAAAUAGUCUCUGUCUCUCUUUUUACUGAUUUCAGUCAAUUCCAUUUUAUUCGCAAUGUGAAAUGGGAAUCCUAUUAAAGACUCAUUAAAAGGGGUGAGGAGUUUUUACAAUCCCCCAACAGGUCAUCUCCACGAUGACGCUGUUUUAUUACUUCGGCAGAAUCCCUCAGGGUUUUACUUUCUUGUGAAAAUUAGAGCUUUUGUUAUUUAAACUUCGCUGGGACAACCAAAUCUAUGAAAAUGAAAGGAAUAGCAAUGACGUCAUCGUGUAACCGUACAUCAAAAGAUAAGCACUGUGAUCUGUUUAUUUUUUUUUUUUAGCCAGGCUUAAAAUAUCUGUAGAUUCAAGGAAUUAUAACCUGUGCGUUGAAACAUGCCAGAGACCGAUUUUGGCAUGCCCGGCAUGACCCAGAUUAUGGCACGCCCGGCAUUCCAGAGAAUUUAGCAUGCCGGGCAUGUCAGAAAAUUUGGCAUGCCCGGCAUGCCGGGGAUUUUGCUGGGUAUGAAUUACUUAUUACUAGAACCUAGGCUUCUCGCGGCCUGGGUGAGAAGGUCACAGAACCUCAAAUUAUGCUUACAGGGCAUGCGAAAUUCUGUUGCAUGCCAAUUUCAAUGCAAAACCACUCUGGGGCCACCCCCUCUAUUACCAGUGAGCAAAUCAUUGACGAUAGGCAUGGGAAAAAUCCUUGCAUGCUAACCAACAUUGAAAACGUAGCAGAAAUGUCCUCAAUUGCUGAGUCAUGCCCUAGGGGAGGCUUUAAAAUACAGAAUUUCCUGACAUGGAUGAGGGAAUUUUCCGUAAACAGCAUGUGAUCAUGCCGGCUAGGACGUAUUGCCUCCGUAUUGCCCCUUUUUACAGCUAGCUAGGCUCAUUUUUAGGUUUCAUGGCCUGAAAUGACGAAAAAUUCAUGCCCUAAAUGUAAAAAGUCCAAAAACGUCCUCGAAAUUUUAGUUUCCAAGCCGUUUAUUUAACUAUGACAUUUUCUUACUAUCUGCUAGAUGGUAAGUUAUGAAAACAGAAAAGAAAAAACCGUGCAAUUCCGAGUUCAUUGAACUAAAAUGUGUCACUGCCUCUUUGCAUUGAUUUUCAGUACAAAUUGCCUCAAAACACAUUAGGCUUUGCCACGGAGCCUAUUAAGUGCCAUUAAAUUACACUUUUAAUUUCAAAUCUCCUCCGAAGUUUUGCCUGCGCCCUGACAUUUUUCCCGACUUUUUUUUCCUGAGUCCUCACUUUUUACCCGACUUUUUCCCUCCGUCUUUGCCGUCAACCUAUCAGUAGUGUAAACCUCAUCAGACUUUUAUAGUUACAAUUAUGAAAUUUUCUUACUGUUGUAGGGCAUACCUGACUUGAACAUGUUCAGUAAACCCGCCGUUCUUGGAGCUUUAGCGCGAUUUGUAUUAAGUGCUUAUGUCGCAAUGGUAUGUAGGCGAUUUAUUUUCUGUUUCAGUCGGCGCUCUUUUCUUUAUGGUAAUGAAAUUUUGUUGUGAAAUAUCCCAUGAUUCAAUUGAACAUACCCUAUUUCAGCGAAUAAGUGCCCUGGCGCUUAUUUCAAAUUUCAGCUCAAAGAAUGGGCGCUUAUUCGAAGGAGGGCGGUAAUGGAAGAGGGGGGGUGCUUAUUACGUUUUCCUUUAAAUGAACUAGAUCAUGGUCUAGUUGUUCCUGGGAAGUUGACGGCAUUUACCAAGAGAGCGGCAAUAGGACAAAAAUUAAAAGUAGAGAUAACGCUCAUAACGGAACUCUGCAAGCGUGCACAUGGAUAUAGGAAUAACUGGAAGUAACAUAAUGCAAAAGAAACUACCGGUUUUUUUCUUUACUUUCUUUUACUGUAGUUGAAGCCUAAAAAGUUAAAAAUAAAGUGGCAGUAGAAGCUGGUUUUCCAUUGUAUCCCUACUAUUUAAGAAAGUGACGGGGAGGGGAGGGGGGCGCUUAUUUGGGAGAGGGCGCUUAUUAGAGGAAGUACGGUAUUUAUAAAAUGUCUGUCUCUGGCUAUAAAUGAGGCUUUUUUGUUUACUAUAACCGUAUGCUCCUUUUCUUUUUUUUUGAAGUCAAAGAACAAGAAAGCAGCUGCUCUUCCUUUUGUUCUUGCCGCUCCUUUGGAUCCAGAAAAAGGUAUGGAUAGUAACUAUAUACAGAACUUGACUUCGUGAAGAGCGGGUGGAAAUCCUGUUUCUUCUCUCAGACGGACAAAAGUGUCCAUGCUGUUUUCAAUCGUUUCGCUUUGUCUCUGUGUGUUUAUAGAGCUGGCUGGGGAUCAGCUAGUCUGAUAACCUAAUGGUUUACCCAACCUCUAGGCUGGGAUGAUUUAUGCUGAUAAAAUACACACUGACUUUAUUGCAUUUAAACUUUAAAACUUCAUAAUAUUGUCUAACAGUUGUGUUAUAUUUUUUUUUGGUAAUCCUCUGUUUGUUGGAGCAACGUGGUUGAUGAACUGUAGAAUCGCGCUGUUGCCUUUCCCAUAUUUAUUGCAUGUUCUUAUCUAAAGAUUUGUGCUACUGGCCGUUCUGAGGUCAAUCUUGGAUGUAUAGACAGAAAAUUUCUAUCCUCCUCCUUCCAAAUCAAGGAUAAAAAAAUGUUUUGGCCGUCGCGCGCCUUCAUUUUUGAUUAGGGUGGAAAGGGGGUCUGCCAUUCUAUUUUAUUCUGUCUAGGAUUUUAGCUCGGUGUUGUGUUGAAUUGCCCAAUGGAGAGCUUUAGAUUCUGAGACGAGGUCGACUACGAGUACGAGAUUUUCUCAAUAAUGAGUAUUGCUCACGCGUGAACCAGUGUCAUUUUAUGCGGGAAAACGUGAUAGCCGUCGUCAUUCUACUACGAGUUUUAGCGAGGUCGCAGUGGCGGAAACAAGUUAUCAAAUGUAAGAAGUUUGAUCAUUUUGCUAUCGAGAAAGGGUUUAACCUCCUUCAGUAUAAAUAACUGCACUAACUUUUUUGGUGAUAAAAAGUAAAAUGAAACUUUCCGGGAUGUCUUUUACAGUUUUUGAAAACACGCGCUAAAACUUUAAGUCAAAUCUCGUCCUGACUCGUACUCGUUCUCUUCCUCAAAUCUAAAGCUCUAAGUUCAAGUUUAACCUCUUUAAUGGUACUGUUUGGGAACGCAUACUUCGCUUCUUUUAUUGCCUAUAACGAAGUUGCGCGAGAAAUUGGGUCCAAAUUCGUCUUACGAAACAGUCCCAUAGUGCCAUUCGACACAACAAAGACCCGGUCGGUCGCAUGCUCUAAAGAGUAAGGGCGCUUAUCAAAAGUCAGAGCUGGCCAGCCUGACCUGUCAUUUUGAAAACGAAGGAGUAGUCUUUUCUCGAAAUUUUCACUAAAACUAUCAUUUCCCUGCAUAGCACGUAGGAAUAAACUGAUCUUGAUAACUGCAUCGGUCUGGCCCGCCAGUUCUGACAACAGGUAAGUGCCCUUUAAAUUGCAACACAUGUUUUGGAGGAGGAGUAACCUAAGACUCGACUUGUGUAAUAAAAACGUCUGUAAAGAGUCCCGCUCAGUUCAUUUGUUGUUGUCACUCUUUCAGGGACUUGUCUUUUGGUGGGAAUUCCUCCCAUCGCUGAUGAUUCAGGCAAAAAGUAAGUGUGCAAGUACCGCAGUAUAUCCUAACUAAUCUACCAAGUGCCUGAAUACAAACGCCAAUCACUUCGACUCGUGAAACUUGAAUUCGAUUAUAAAUGCAGUGGAACUCUGUUGAUACGGUCACCAAUGGGCCAAAAAGAAAUUGGCCUUAUUAACGGGUGAUAGUAUUAACGGGUUUUUUUUACGAGAAAAUCCGGGUAUGACCAUUUUGCCAGGCGGCCAACAAAAGUGGCCGUAAGGCGGGGUUUCAUUGUACUUGUAAUGUUUUUACACAUCGUUUCAACUCUCCCGCAUGUUGGGUAGAAGGAAAAUUUGUGUAUAAUGCCUAGCGCAGGGGCUAUUUUUUGUUUCGCUUGGAAAAUAAAAUUCAAUUGGGCAAGUAGUAGAGCGAACACGAGAGAAUGUAUGAAAACUGCUAAAAUUGGUCUUGAACUCAGGUCAGAAUUUUAGCCAGGAGAGUCAUUUGUAAUACUCAACUCUUAUUGUGGAAGACACAAAAUACGUAAUAAGCAACGUUUUAAAAUUGACCCUGAAACUCUUUUCUCGAGUCUAAACCUUCGUUAUUGCUGUUUCUCUUUUAGUUUUCUUGGAAAAGCCUUUGAAAUGGCUGCCAGUAAAACAAAAUCACGGACAAUUCACGACCACUUUGACCCAGCUGGUAUGUUUUAGUCUCAACUGCAGGUUUAGUUAUAUGCAUGUUCAUUUAAUUGACGUUUUCAACCCUCAAGCUCGCUACUACAAAGGCAUGUUGCGUGGAAGACCCUCGCGACUGAGGUAAAAAUUCUACACGCGCGAACGCUAAAGGAUCUAAGCUUGGGAGAGAAGAAUUUCUAUUCUCGUCGAUGGCCUGUUUCAGCUGUUCAUUGACAUCACUGGGACAUAAACUAAACAGGAAAGAAAAAGGCGCGGGGUCUUUUUUUUUUUUUGCUCCGCUCUUUGAACGCCCAGGUAAACUGUUCCUGCCGCUGGGAGUUUAUCCGAGCAAGUUAAUGAGACGCGGGGGUCAGCAGAGCGGGUUGGACUUGACUGUCUUCAAGUCAUGGACAAAGUAACUGAACUCUGAAGUGCUUUGCCGUGUGCACAAGCCAUUUAAUUGAAAAUCUCGUGCAUCACAUUAGAGCAUUGAAGACUUGCGUUGCUGUUCUGGUCGGUUGGUAACUAGGCCCAUAAGGAGAUUUCACUUAGCUUGUAAUACCUUCUAAAGUUAGUCUCUAGUUUUCCUACUGACAGACUGUCCUUUCAUUUUUAUUGUAGUGAUUGAAAUGAAGAGCGAAGAUCGUGGAAAGUUCUUUGAUGCAUUAUCUGCUCUUCUAAUUCCGAAAUAAUAUCUAUUGAAAGAAAUAAUGAUUUUUCAUCAUGCCCCUUCUCUGUAAAAAAUCUGUAAAUAUUCAAACGAUGCUUGAAUGAGCGAGUAAGCUGUUUUUCAUAAGGGGAUGCACUUCCGAGACACCGCGGUCCAUUUUCGUCCUUCCUUCAUUGCUGCUUUCUUAGUCAUCAGAGGAAUAUCAUUAGAGAGACUAUUGAUGGACAAAAGCCACCUCAAUCUCCCCUUGUAUGUGAACUUCACCCGCGGCUUCUACCACUGUGAAUCCAUACCAUCG